UCUUGUACGUACAAUCUCCAGAUUUUGGCCUAGAUCAGCAUUUCUGUUGUUGGCUCCUCUGUGCCAUGUGCAAUGAUAUCAACAAUGACAAAUUUCUAUUAAACUAUGCAUAUGUAUUAUGUAUAUACACCUGAUAUACACAUGAUAUUAUGUCAUAUAUAUAUAUAUACUAACUUCUAGUUACUUGAUCAAGUGGUUAUAUGUCUCCAGAGUAUGCAUCGGAUGGACUAUUCUCUAUAAAGUUAGAUGUAUUUAGUUUUGGAGUUGUUGUACUCGAGAUAGUCAUUGGAAAGAGAAACACGGGAUUUUACCAAUCCUCAGAAGACUUGAAUCUCUUGGGUUAUCUAUUCCUACAGGUAUGGAGAUUGUGGAGUGAAAACAAAGUAUUCAAUUCAGUGGACCCAAUACUGCUUGAAUCUUGUGAGAAAUCUGAAGUUAUGAAGUGCAUUAAUGUUGGGCUUUUGUGUGUGGAAGAGGAUCCCAAUGAUCGCCCCACUAUGUCAAAUGUAGUCCUAAUGCUAAGUGGCGAAACUAUAAUUGUUCCAGUUCCCAAGAAACCAGCCUUUGUAAUGAGAAAACGUGUUUUCAGCAUAUCAUCCUCAUCCUCAAAUAAAUCGGAUUCAAUUUCCAAUGAAUUGACAAUGUUUGAUCCACAAGGAAGAUGAGGAAUUUGCUUAUUUCCUUGCAUUAGUAU